GGUGGCCCUGGCCGAGGAGUGCAAGAGUGCGAGUUAGGGGUACAGGCCCUGCAGAAGGCAGGGGAAGUUGCCUUAUUUUCUUUACCCAAGGGGCUGGUAAAGCCGGUGGCCGAGCGACAAGAUGAAUUUCCUCCGCGGGGUAAUGGGGGGACAGAGUGCCGGACCCCAACACACAGAAGCCGAGACGAUUCAAAAAGUUUGUGACCGAGUAGCUUCAUCUACUUUACUGGAUGAUCGAAGAAAUGCUGUGCGUGCCCUCAAAUCAUUAUCUAAGAAAUACCGCUUAGAAGUGGGUAUUCAAGCUAUGGAACAUCUUAUCCAUGUUUUACAAACAGAUCGUUCGGAUUCUGAAAUAAUAGGUUAUGCUUUGGACACACUGUAUAAUAUAAUAUCUAAUGAUGAAGAAGAAGAAGUAGAAGAAAAUUCCACAAGACAGAGUGAGGAUUUGGGAAGCCAGUUUACAGAAAUUUUCAUUAAGCAGCAAGAAAAUGUCACUCUCCUGUUAUCUUUAUUGGAGGAGUUUGAUUUCCAUGUCCGUUGGCCUGGUGUGAAGCUUCUGACUUCUCUUUUAAAACAACUAGGGCCUCAGGUGCAACAGAUUAUUUUAGUCAGUCCAAUGGGUGUUUCCAGACUAAUGGACUUACUGGCAGAUUCCAGGGAAGUUAUACGUAAUGAUGGUGUGUUACUGCUACAGGCACUAACAAGAAGCAAUGGAGCAAUCCAGAAAAUUGUUGCUUUUGAAAAUGCUUUUGAGAGGCUACUGGACAUUAUUACAGAGGAGGGGAACAGUGAUGGAGGUAUAGUAGUCGAGGAUUGUUUGAUUCUGCUCCAAAACUUGUUAAAAAACAACAAUUCCAAUCAAAAUUUUUUUAAAGAAGGCUCUUAUAUUCAACGUAUGAAACCUUGGUUUGAAGUUGGAGAUGAAAAUUCUGGCUGGUCUGCACAGAAAGUGACCAAUCUACAUCUAAUGCUACAGCUUGUUCGGGUACUAGUAUCUCCUACCAACCCUCCUGGUGCUACCAGUAGCUGUCAGAAGGCUAUGUUCCAGUGUGGGUUACUGCAGCAGCUUUGCACUAUCCUAAUGGCUACUGGAGUUCCUGCUGACAUCCUGACUGAGACCAUAAAUACUGUAUCGGAAGUUAUUCGAGGAUGCCAAGUAAACCAAGACUACUUUGCUUCUGUAAAUGCACCUUCAAACCCACCAAGACCAGCAAUUGUAGUACUUCUCAUGUCCAUGCCCCGCCGUCGCCCCGCCGCGCCGCGCUCCAACCGCCUCCUCCUCAGUAACUCGGUAAGAGAUGCCCUCCCCUCCCCCCUCCAGCUCCCCGGGAAUAACGCGCCUCGCUCCCCUCCCCCGCCCGCCAACCGGUAG